AAAAAAAAAAAAAAAAAAAAGUUCACGGUACCAAACAGUUUGUUCUUUAAUAUUUAUAAAUGUCCCUAAACAGGUAACUUUUCAACUACAAGUGUGCAGCCUUCAUCGAGUACAACAUGAACUCGUAUCUUGUGUUGGAGCUGGCGGGAGAGGGUUCGUUCGGUCGAGUCUACAAAGGAAUUAAACGGUUUAGUGACCAGGAGGUGGCUCUGAAGUUCCUUCCAAAGAUGGGUCUCUCUGAAAAGGAGCUCAGAAGUCUCAACACGGAAAUUGAAAUCUUGAAGGAUCUUCAACAUCCAAACAUUAUUCAGCUUCUUGACAGCUUUGAGACUGAAAAAGAGGUUGUGGUGGUAACCGAAUAUGCAGAGGGUCAGCUGUUCCAGAUUCUUCAAUAUCAGGGGAGUUUACCUGAAAGGCAGGUUCGUGACAUUGCCUGCCAGCUGAUCUCAGCUCUGUAUUAUUUACACUCUCAUCGUAUUGUUCAUCGUGACAUGAAACCACAAAAUAUUCUGUUGGAUAAAAGUGGGGUAAUGAAACUGUGUGACUUUGGUUUUGCCAGAGCUAUGAGUGUGUCGACUUUGGUGCUGACGUCUCUCAAAGGAACACCGUUGUACAUGUCUCCUGAGCUGGUGGAGGAGAAGCCGUAUGACCACACCACUGACUUGUGGUCUCUAGGCUGCAUUCUUUAUGAGAUCUACACAGGGGCACCACCAUUCUACACUAACUCCAUCUUUCACCUGGUGCAACUCAUCGUGAGAGACCCAAUCAAAUGGCCAGACACUAUGAGUGACACAUGCACGAGUUUUCUGAAAGGUCUGUUGACCAAAGAUCCUCAAAGGAGGUUGUCAUGGCCAGACCUCCUGUAUCAUCCAUUUGUCGCUGACAGGGUGCUAGUGUUGUCAGACGCAAGUGUCCUCAGCCCUCUGACGAUCAAACCCAGCCCAGACAUGCUAGCACUGAAAUAUCAGCAAGUGGCAGCAAAGACAACACCUACAUCUGGGGAAAGCAGAUUAUUGCAAAUGGCCCGAAAACAGAUGAACAGCAAAAAUCAAAGGAAACUGAAACCGACCGAUGGGUUGGAAAAUGAAAGGGCUGAUACUACAGCAGCUACUACAAGAGCCAAGUCCUCUUCCACUAAGACAGUCGUGUCCUCAGAUCAUAUGGUUGUGACAGCUGCCAAUCAAAGCCUGUAUACCGGCAAUCAAUCUGUGAGGUCUAAACAGAGGGGCCAUAUCAGCAUGGACUAUGAGCAGGAGUUCCCAUCUGUAAAUGUUGAACCAAGAAUAGUGCAGUUGGACAGUUGUACUACACUGCAUAAGCAGGAUGAUGACAGUGAGGAAUAUUGGGAGAAACUGGCCCAGGAAUCUGAUCCAGGAAGACAAAAGAAAGAACUCUUAAACUACAGUGCCAUUAUCUUUCAACUGAAAUCCAACUUCCUGAAAGCUGAAGCUCAGCUAAUAGGUGGUGUAAAAGAACCAUGGCGGCUUCGCAAUCCACUGAAAGUCUUACACAAUAUGAUUGUGACGCCCGACCUUGAGAAUACCUUCCAUGUCGGCUGUGAGAUCAGAUUACCCCAUCUACUCUUUGACUUGAUCCAUAACAUUGUAGAAAACCCAAUUAAUCUAAAGCAAUCAUGGAGUGUGCCAGCACUUGGAGAACUUAUCACCAUGAUCCUGACCUAUUGGGAAAAGGACUGUGAAUGGGUGGAAGCGGAGCAAAGGCUGGAGGAAUUGACUAAACCCUUUGUGGUCAUUCUUGGUCAACCAGAUCUCCGUCCGUUGGCACCUUUUGCUGCCUCCGUUUUAUCGAUGUUCACACACCACGUGGUUGUUGUAGAAGUUGAUAUGGUGAAUCUUAGCUCUUUGCUGAAAAACCUGCUGGAUUCACACGAGUCUCAGCCACAACUUUCACUUCCUCCUGGUUGGGGACUUUGUGAUGGCCUCCUAACUUUGGUUCUUCAUGUGCUCUCUAAGCACGAGGAUAGCUCUGAAUCUUUCAGUCUAGAAUUGUUGAUGGACUUAGGGAAAAAAAUUGGUUCAUUAAUACAGAGGACAACAGCAGACAAAGACUUCUGUUCAGAAAAUGGGCUGUGUGUCUUUCUCGAUGUCGUCUUGCUCAUCUUCACCAAGGAUCUACAGACGUGCCUUCCCUUUUUCUCUGAAAGUGAAUCUCUAUUUGUAUACAUGCUUGGGCAACUACUUUGCACUGAUUGUCUUCAUUUGUUUGCUGAAACAAGUCCGAGGCCAUUUAACGUGGAUUUGAGUCGCACCAGUUUGACAGUGUCGAGUUGCCAUUUGUUGUGUUUUCCGUUUGCUUUGGACCUUCCUUCACACACCAUGUUCGGGAUUCUCCAGCUGUAUGACAGCUGUGACAUUGUUGCUGGACUCCUGCAGGUGAUUCAAACACUUCCUGCUCUUCUACUCGACCUUCCGCUGUCACUUCUGAACCAUUUGCUCCUGUGUGAUCCUGAACGCACCAUCUCCUGCCUCAAAAAAAAUGCUUAUGACUUUUUCUCACCAGUCGACAGCAGUCAGCUGAGUCCUUCCAGACUUCACACUCCACUUACCAGAACAGCUCGCUCUCUUCUGCCUGAGCUGCUGCAGCAGGAUGAGCUGUGGGACUCUGCCGUGGAGCUGCUUAUGCUGUUGUCCCAAGUAGCCCGUUGUUCACUUCAGCUUCAGCUAGAAGCUUCAGUGUUGCAGCAGGCGCUGACUCACACCUACGAUCAGAUCAGGGCUGUCACAUGCACACUUCUGGGAAAUUUAAAUCCAUUCGGACAAACCACAGAGGGCAUCAUGCAGCCUGCCAUUUUAAAAAUGCUGAUCAACUCUCUGCAGGAUUCCUGUGUGUUUGUACGGCGAAAAGCUUGCAGGGCGGUUGGAAACUGGUUGGGAUACACUGCAGAGGAAGGAGUUAAAAUGUGUAGGUCCAGUGAAAAGGGCAGUGAGAGCAACACGGAUAACCAUGAGUGUGCACACAAUGAGGCAUUUGGAGUCUUGUCUUCAGUAGCAGAUCAGGGCGUGGAUGAAGAGGAGUGGAGCAGGUGGACAGAGGAGGUCAAGAGGUCAGCAGCCAUGCUGACAUCUCUGAUGACUGAUCCUGACGCUGUCAUCCGCCGUCACUGCUGCGCAGCUCUGGGAAACCUGGUCAGUGUUGAUGGUGCCGUGUCCGUGCUGUUGGAGGAGAACACAUUUGGACUACUUCUCAGAGCUGCGUGCAUGGAUUCCCAGAAUGCAGUGAGACAAGCUGCCAAAGCAACACUCUGCUUAUACAGCCAGCAGGACCCAAUUCAACAGGUUCUUUGAGACACAACCAGAGGGGGCAUCAGGUUCUCGGCCACCUUCUUGGCCCUUUUCAUCUGUAGCAUGAGCUUCAUCCAGUUCAGAAUUACGGAGCCAACUUUGCUUUUGUGAACCUUCAGUGCUGCAGAAUUUAUUUUAUUGUAGUUUUCACCAGAUGUGCCUCAACACAAGCA